AGAAAUUGACAUUUAGCGAUAUUGCUAUCCUCUAUCGCAAUAAUUAUCUUUCUACUCGCUUGGAACAAGAAUUAGUGGCUCAGCGGGUACCUUAUGAAAUAUUAGGUUCUUUCAAAUUUAUUGAACGGGAGGAAAUUAAGGAUGUUUUGUCCUUUUUACGAACCAUUAUUUAUCAGGAUAAUAUUUCUUUGUUGAGGAUAUUAGGAUUACAAGAAAAAAUUGGGGCUCGCACCAUUGAAAAAAUCGAACAAAACAGCGAAAAAGAAAGAAUAAGUAUCUAUGAAUAUCUGAAUAAUUUUGCUACUAUCACCAAUUUAAGUCAAGAAAAAAUGAUGACCGGACAAAUAAAAAAAAUUGGGGCUAUUAUUUUGAAAAUUAACAAAUGGCAAGAGAAAUUGAAAUUGGAACUUUCUCAGCAAUUAGAGCAAAAAUCCCCCCUCAGCACCUUUUUAUUGGGAGUGCUUAACGAUUUUGAUUAUUGA